AUGACUUCCUACUACUGUCAAAUAUGCAGCAUGGACAUGUCCAUAGCGCGCAUACGCACCCAGCACGAGCCGCCAUCAGCGGCGUGGAACUUCCGCGGCCUCGAUUACGUUGGGUUCUCCGCCUUUCGCACCUACGAGGGGGAGAUUUUCCUAGAUCAGCAAUGCCAGGAAUGCACAACGGCAGAUCGUACUCCGGCCGAUCUCGAGAUCGCGCUGAAUGGUGGUAGUCGCUGGCCGGAUGAGAUGGACGAGGAUGAUGCUGAGUGGCUGCCGAGCGACCACCAGGAUAUCAGCGACGAGCCUCUCGAAUUCGAGUCAGACGCUGAGGAGUCCGACGGCGGUUCGCCAAGUACUACAAGCGAUAGCAGGUGCAGCGAAGAGGGCGACGACGGCGAUGCGAACGAUCGAUAUCCUGUCCAAGAAAUAUUUGUUCCACCUUUCCCGAAACGCCUUCCGUAUGGCACAUGGCGCAGCCCACGCAUGUACACCCGGGCCGAAUGGGGAGACUACAUGCCAAACCAUUUUCAGAGGCUGGAUUAUAGUACCUUUAGAGCGCCGCCUGAACACAUUGCUGCUCCAUCAUGUCGAAGCGUCCAAGGAGUCAAUGGCAAUGUGUUGAGUCAUGCCGAAAUGAAGGGCUGCCGCAACCACAGGUUCUUGUUAGCUAAACCUUUAGCAGCGAAACUUGAGGCCAGCGAUCAGAUUUUCGAGAAAGACAGCAUAUUCAUUCUCACAGGUGAGGCGAACGGGUCAAAGGCAGGCAUGGCUCGACCCGUCUACCCGCGGCGGCAUGGCUUGCACAUCCUGGAACUGAAUACUGACUCUGCGAAUUCCGGGUGUAAUUAUUCCGACAUUUGGAGACCGCUCCCUGUCCAUUCGUACUGCCUCGAUGUGUUCGCCAAGGCAUCUCACCGCCGCCUGGGACGAGUCGACUUGGACGCGAUCUGGCAAUGGCGGGAGAUGCAAUCCGAUCCGGAGUCUUACGGGCUCAGUGCGGAUGACGUAUCGCCACACAGCGAGGUGGCACGAGGCCGGCGGCACUGGGGAGACCCGUGGUCUCACCACGCAGGAAGUGAAUGGCUGGCUGCGAAUCCGGUCGAGGUUCCAGGGCUGAAUGAUCUCCUGGAAAGUUGCCUUGGCAUCAGCGUGCCGAGCGACACAUCUCUACCUCCUCAAGCCCGUCUCCUGGCACUCCCAACCGAGAUCAUCCAUCAGAUUUUUUCCUUUCUUCCCGCCUCCGACCUCACUGCUGUGGCUUGGACCUGUCAUACUCUGCGCUCUCAAACGCAGCCGCUCUUCAAAGUCUAUGUAAUAACGGACAUGGAUUGGCUCUGGGAGCUCAUCGAGGGAGCGCAGUAUCCAGCUUCGCCCAACUGGCCAGCGACAUGGGAUCCGUGUUUUCCACCCGGCCUGUCGAUUCCAGAACUCCCGCUUGGUCUUGAGCCUGAGGAAGCUGAAAAAGAGCUUUGGGCGCAGAUAAUAGCCGAUGAUCCCGAGAUGGAGGCCGUCGGGAGGACUGUAAAUGCCCUCAAUGAUCUAUGUCGUGAGGCGAUUUAUGGACCAUAUCGCGCUUCAAAGGAGGCAUUGCUUCGUGGGUGGGAAGAAUUCCGCGAUAAUGUCGAAUCUUGGAUCCGCCAUCUGCCUGCUUCUAACACCCGAAGAGCAGAAGAAAUCGAUUGGGCGCGUGCGUGGCAAUUGUUCCAUCCUACGGCGACUUCACUGGCGGGAGUGCGAAACCGGGCACGAAUCUGGCGUGAUUGCAACCGCAUCCUCGACUACAACGACCGCCUUCGCGAGCAAGAUGAAAUGGGGGUCAAGCACCAGAUGAUGCGCACGAUUAUUUCCAGUCGCGAGAGUGAAGAGUGGUGGGAACAGCACAAUGAACAACUUUGCUACGAGGGCUUGUGCCCUCAGACCGAUUCUUACAGUGGUGAAACGUUUCACACUGGGGAUCCGGAGUGUCGUCGCGAAUUUGAGCCUGGGGAAAAACCGCUCGGUAGAUCCUCAUACUAA